AAAGUUCUUAAUAUGGACUUUUUACAUUUUUGAUUUUAACUAUAUAUAUUUAAAGUCAAACUAGCUCAUUGACAUAUGUGUCAAAUUUGACGGUAUUAAGUUUUUCAUUUUAACCGACAUACAAUCUCACUCACACAACAUUGCAUUAUUAAAUUAUUUUUUAAAAUUAUCAAUAGACAUAACUCCGUAUUUAUCUAAAAUUGACACUUAGAAACUAUGUAUCGAAAUGAUUCUAACAAAUACUCACAUAAAUAUGUUUAAUCUUAUUUAUAAAAUAAACAUUAAUCAAAGAGUUAAAUAUGAUCGAAUAGUGUAAUCAAAAUGGGAACUUUAAAAAAACGAAGGGAGUACUAGCUUAAAGGUUUAUGUAAUUUGCCUCAGUCUUACCAUACACAGCAUGAAGUUGCAUGGUUCUGUUUGCACAAAUCAAACUUUCUCUUUUAAUUUGUUUAUUAUACUCCAUAAUAUUGUCGGCACUAAUUAACUAAUGAUUAAUCAUUAAUAGUAUAAAAGUUUUUAUCCUUGCAUUGUUGUUGAACCUUGCAGCAUAUAAUCCCUUGAUAGAAUAUUCUGUUCAAUAAACAAGUUAAAACGUGAUAUUAUACUCAUAUAAAACAAUCCACUCUUAAAACUAACCUGAUUAAAUUAGCUUUAUUCCUUUGAUUGGAAAGAAAUAAUACAUAAUUUCAAUGAAAAAAAGCUCACAAUUAGCUAAUAUUGUGAAAGAUUUAUGGAAGACAUGGGAUAUCCGUGCCUUGAUACUCAUUAGUCUCAUUAUCCAAAUUUUACUCACAUCAUUAGCACCUGUUCGAAAGCGUAGUUCGAGCAGUUUUCUUAUGUUUCUUAUUUGGAUUCUCUAUUUAUCCGCUGAUGCUAUUGCUGUACUCAUCAUUGGGUUGAUAUCCAACAACAAUGGUCCCCAUAAUCCUGAGCUACUCGCAUUUUGGGCACCUUUUCUUCUUUUACAUCUUGGUGGUCCGGACACAAUCACCGCCUUAGCUCUUGAGGACAACGAGCUCUGGCAUCGACAUGCUCUUCAGCUGGUCACUCAGGUAAUCAUCACUGUAUAUGUGUUUGUUCAGUCAUUUCGUCGUAAUGAUCUGUUAGUACCAACGUUGCUUAUGUUCACUAAUGGAUUUAUCAAGUACUUUGAGCGUACUUGUGCUCUAUUUUUCGCUAGCUCUGAUAGUUUUAGAGAUUCCCUUGUGUCUAAACCUGAACCCGGGCCUAACUAUGCUAGGCUUAUGGAAGAGUAUUUUUCUGCUAAGAGUGCUCAUAUUCCCACUGAGUUCGAAGGUAAAGACAUAGAAGGGGUAUCAAAGCUAUUAGAGGUACGAAAAGAUGGUCAAGAUUCGCAAUCUUCUUCUACAAUGGAUGGUAAUUCAGUAACAGGAGGUGAUGAGGUGAAGGAAACUGAUAAUAUGGUCAAAGAAGCUCACCGGUUUUAUGAGAUGUCUAAACCCCUCUUAACAGAUGGCUUUUUGAGCUUAAAAGAUCGCGAUGAAAGUCGCAAAGAUUUCUUAGAUAAGCCUUAUGAGUAUGUGUUUAGGAUCAUACAGAUUGAGCUCAACCUUAUCUAUGAUAUCUUCUAUACUAAGUUGUGCCUGUUUCAAAAUAAAAGAGCAUUUGCUCGAGUUUUCUGCUUUUAUUUGGCUCUUGUAUCCUUCUUAAUUUUCUAUUUUGAAGACAGAAGCAAAUACCAUAAUAAGGUUGAUGUAGUAGUAACUUUCAUAUUGCUUGGUGGUGCUAUUGCCUUGGAUCUAUCGACUGCUCUUAUCUUCGUGUUGUCAGAUUGGUGGGUUAUUUUAUGCUAUAAAGAUUAUGCGAGCAAAAACUGCCUUCAAUCGUUCAUGUUGAUGAUCCUGAGAUGGUCAAGUUGGGCUAGACCACGCAAUCAUAAAAGAUGGUCUAGUUCCAUCUCAAAAUACAAUUUACUAAAACGUUGCUUCAGAAAACCCCCUGCAUUUUUCAACGUACUAUACUUGUUUAGAAUAAAGGAAAUCAGGGAUGUUUUAGUUGGGUUCCUCUAUGUCGAAGGAGAGCAGUUUGAGGAGCAGUACAUCAAGUCUGUAAUCGAAGGGCUGAAGUCCAAAGCUAGCCAAGCAAAUGAGAUGGCGGUAGCAAAGGAGGUAUGUUCUGCUAGAGGGAAUUUGGUUCUGCAGAAUGAUUAUUACCUCGCUUCAGAGUGCUUAAGCCCUUGGACCGUAGAUGUUGACUAUGAUGAAAGUCUGUUGAUUUGGCACCUCGCUACUGAUAUCUGCUACUGGACUACUACAAGUGAUGGUAAUGGUGCUGAUUCAGAAUCAAAAGAUCGUAGAUUCAGCAAGGCACUGGCAGAUUACAUGGCAUAUGUUUUACUCAGGCAGCAGAAGAUGGUGUCUGCACAAGUGGGUAUGUCAGAGACUCGGUUUGAAGAUACUUGUGCAGAGGUUAAGAAGUUCAUGAAUAAUAAGUGCAUCAGCAUCAGUUGGCUUGCAGAUCCCUGGUGGAAGGUUAAGAGGUUCAUGUUCGCGUCAAGCCAAACCAAGAGUCCUUCAGAACAAGCAGAAGCUGAAUUCUUCAAGGAGUUCAGUAAGAAGGUGCUUGAAGUAAGGGCAGAUGUUCAGCCUUUAAAAGCAAAGGGUGAUAAAAGUAAAUCAGUACUCUUUGAUGCAUGUCGUCUUGCCAAGCAAUUGGAAUUGUUUGGAGAAAAGCAGUGGGAUAUAACUAGUAAGGUUUGGGUGGAACUGUUGUGUUAUGCUGCUGGUCGCUGCUCACCAAGAUCGCAUAUUGCACGACUAUGCAAGGGUGGAGAGCUCGUAACGUUAGUGUGGGCCGUGUGGCUGUUAAUGACUCAUCUUGGCUUAGGGGAGCGCUUCCUGCAAAAUCAGGGGUUUGGAUGGACUAAACUUAUUAUUCACAAAUGAUACUGUUUGCUUAAUUGUGUUGUGUGAUCUCUUUAUGCAAGAAUGAAAUGCAGAGCUGCAAAUGUCAUUUUUAUUUGUUAAUCAUAGUUUAGUUUAUGCUACUUAAACACUCACCAACUCAUAUAUGCUAUGGCAUAUGUUGAUUCUGAUUUGAGUAUUAGACUGUGGAAAGUACUAUGACUCAAUUAGUAUUCAUUGUAUAUGCAGAUAUGGUUUGUAUUCUCAAAAUUACAUGUUAAAAAAAAAAAAAAAAAAAAAAAAAAAAACCAAGAAACCAUUUCUAU